GAGUGAGGAGCGAGCGGCAGUGCGCGCGCUGCUGCUGCUGCUGCUGUAUGGGUGAGUUAGAGGUGCUAUAAAACGCUCUGCUGAUUUGAUGGCAUUUGGAUUAAAACACGCGGAUGCGCCUGCAGCUACGGAGCAUGGCACAGUGGGCAGUGCCCAGUCCCCAGUCCCUACCUUGUAGUGCCAGCGGCUGCUGUGGCGACGUCGCCUCCACCUGCUGCCACUGAGAGUCAUGCUGUCGAGCAGCUGGCGGCGGGGCACGGCCGGACCCACCUGCAGCCUCCCAGUGGGCAGGGGGUCCGUGUCAGGCGGCACGGUGGUCCUGGAGGCUCAGUAUGACUACUCGUACCGUGGUGCGGAUGGUCGUGUUGUCUCCAUACAUGAGGGCGAGCGAUUUCUCCUGCUGAGGAAAACCAACGCUGACUGGUGGCAGGCACGGCGGCUCGGAGUGAGCAUAAAGAGCAAGCCAGUGUAUGUCCCCGCCACAUACGUCAUCGAGGUGCCAAUCUCCACACUGCACACUCCGCAGACCAGCAGCCAGCCAAUAACCUCCUCUCAAAGACUGGCGACAAGAGCAUCCUUCACACCAUGCUCUCAGACACAGCGCUCAGUUCCUGCCAAAGCAUUCUGUCGUUCUAUGGAAGACCUGAACAGAAACAGUGCCUUCACAAGCAAGCGCAUGGGACGGGACUCAGCAGGCACCCUUUUCCCUACGCUUCCCCUGUCCACCUCCUCAGCCACACCCUCACGCCACCUCACAGUCCCCGGAGGGUCGGUGGGGUCAGGCGGCCUGAUCCCGCGCAGCCAAAGCUCCUGUAACUUACCCCAGAACCCGUAUGAGGAAGCCCACAGCAGCAGGCCGGAUCCAGGCAGCCCCACCAAGUCCUACAGCCAGUGGGACAUGGCGAGCGUCACGCGGCGGUACACUGAUGGACACAUCCAGGCCUACAUCUCCCAAAAUUCAUUGCCAGGGCAGGAGCGGAGGCAGUGUCCAGAGCCUCCCAAUCCUCUCCCAGGCCAGAAGCCCUUACAGACUCUGCAGCUCUGGGAUCAGUACAAAGACCCCUCGUCUGGCCGCUGUUUCUACGUCCACACCGUCACCAAGGAGCGCUCGUGGAAGCCACCACGUCGAGCUCGACAGAGCGACCCCGGCCAAAACAAAGUAACAAAUCAGACCACACAAGUCACCGGGACAUUCCCACGGGACACUGGCCACCUGUCACUUCCCCUGCACAGCUCAGGAAGCCACUCACUGCACAGGCUCUCUCCUGAUUUCAUCUACAGUACACAGAAUGCAAAUGCUUGGCAGCUGAGUCAGACCAUGCAGCGUGCAGCGUCAUCCGACGCCCUCAGCUCCUCCUCCUUCAUGAGCGCAGACAUCCAGCGCAGAAACUCCGCCUUAGAUGGGGGCGGAGAACAAAUCAGCCACUCCUACUCCAUGUUCCUGCCUAACCAAACAGACAGAAUCGCAUCAAAUGGCAAGCAGUCAGAGUAUCGAGUGGUGGUGGAGUCUCCCUCAACAGACAGCUCUCCGGACAGUGAUGGUCUGACUCCGGAGCUGGAAAAAGCAGGUCUGCUGAACAAAACCAAGAUAGCAGAGGGAGGCAGGAAACUGAGGAAAAACUGGAACCCUUCCUGGGUGGUGUUGGUGGGGAACAGUCUUGUAUUCUUUAAAGAUCCCAAGACACAAAGUCCUGCCAGCUGGAAGCCGGGUAACAGUUGUCCAGAGAGCAGUGUGGAUCUAAGAGGAGCUCAACUGCAGUGGGCCAAUGACCUUUCCAGCAGGAAAAAUGUCUUCAAGCUGAGGACAAUUACAGGCAAUGAAUUUUUGCUGCAGUCUGAGACGGACUCUCUAAUCAGAGAGUGGUACGGCACCAUUCAGAAAGUCAUUGACAGAUUGGAUAAAGAGAAUCCUCUGGAUAAUGUGUUGCUGUAUUCCCUGAGGAGAGCUGGCUCCAUGGAGAUGCUGGACCAGAGUGGAGAUGAGGAUGAGAAUCGAGUGGGAUCCAAGGCCUCACUCCCUCGCUCCAGCUCUAAUCUGGAGAACUCGGAGCGGAAGCGAGUGAAGAGUCGCCUGAAGAAGCUCAUUCUGAGGAGACCUCCGCUUCAGGCUUUACAGGAGAAAGGGCUUAUCAAAGACCAGGUGUUUGGCUGCAGUUUGGAGGUGCUGUGUGAGAGAGAGAAGAGUACAGUGCCACGCUUUGUUAGAAACUGCACGGAAACAGUGGAGAAGAAAGGUUUAGAGACGGAUGGCAUCUAUAGAGUGAGUGGGAAUCUGGCAGUGAUCCAGAAGCUUCGCUUCGCUGUAAAUCAUGAGCGAGCGGUGUCUACAGAUGGACGGUAUCUGUUCCCAGAGGAAUUAGUGCAAGUGGAUCGAAUAGACCUGGAGGACCCGCAGUGGGAGGACAUUCAUGUGAUAACAGGUGCUCUGAAACUCUUCUUCAGAGAGCUUCCUGAACCACUGGUUCCUUAUGGAUUCUUCCAUGACAUCGUGGAGACCGUCAAGAUGUCUGACUACCUGGAUAAAGUGAACCGGAUGAAAUUGCUCAUCAUCAGCAUGCCUCCCCCCAACCAUGAUACCAUGAGACACAUGUUUCGCCACCUUAAGCGGGUGAUGGAGCACUCGGACAGUAAUCGCAUGACAACGCAAAACAUCGGCAUCGUCUUCGGGCCAACUCUGAUGCGGCCGCAGAGCGACUGCGGAAACAUGGCUGUUAAUAUGAUCUAUCAGAACCAGGCUGUGGAACUCAUCCUCAGCGAAUACGACCAGCUCUUUGGACCCGACCCACCCGGCUCCCUCUGAUACUGAUACUAUAGUACCGAACAGUACAGAAGCCUGGACAACCUGCCCACUGUGAACCAGAACAACCUGAACUCAAAUACAAAAAAAAAUGCCUGAAUGACGGUUAGAAAUCAGAUUUUUAGAAAUGGGCAGUUGCACUGAUGCAUAAAAAAACGAUGCAACAAAUCUCAUCCUGUUGGAUGGAUGAUGAACAGUUGGACGCAUGGAUAAACGCAAGGAGUGCUUGAGCAAAAACUAUUGUCUAUUUGUAGAUACCAAAUCACACUCCAAAAUGAUGUUAAGACUCUUAUUUUUUUUUUGGUUUCUUUUUGUGGGUAUAAAUGUGUGUGUGUUUUGUGUGUAUGUUUGUUUGUGUGUGUGUGUGUGUAUGUGUGUAUGCAAUGUCCCCUCACAAGUGUUUUUCAUUGUCUCGUUCAGCUAGUGGUGUCUUUGGGAAAAACCACACAGAGCUUUUAUGUUGCCCAAAAAGACAUACAGCCUACACCAACUAAAUACUAUAAAAUAAAAUCGGCAAUAGUCACCCAAUAAGCAUAAACAUGAGCACAGGUCGAAAGUUUAACGUGUUGUUCAACUGCAGUUUGAGUCAUUUCGUUUCUUUUUAAUGGCGAAAUAAAAAAAGGGGUACGGUUCAGUCCAAAGUGCUAUGUAAUCUCCUUUUCCAUUGUUCCAGCGGUAUGGUCGUGGUGUGUGUGUGUGUGUGUGUGCCUGAGUGUGUGUGUAUGUGUGUGUGCCUGAGUGUGUGGUUCGCGUGACAGAUAGUGCAGAGGUACAUUCUGUAUAUUGCUCACUGAUUGGGUGGAGCUCUUCGCCACUAUUGGUCCAAAUCUCUGCUUUUAAUAACAGAACAAAAGAGAAGCUAAAAAUGCAUAUGUUUAAAAAAUGUGGAGUUUUUCCCCCCAGCACCACAGCUUUGGUAAUUUUAUAUUGACUGUGGCUUGGCAGGAGACAAGAAGGAGUGCGAGAGAAGAAAAAGAACAGAGAGAGAGAGAGAGCAUACAUGGAUUUUAAUGUUAAAGUUUAUAUAUUUAUUCAGUUUUAUUUUCUUAUUAUUACAAGGGGGACGGGUUUGAUGACUGAAGCACUUGCAGAAAUUGACUAAAGUCAGAUGCUAUUAUGGUUGCUUAGAGUAUUUUGGUUAGAAAUGCGACUGUUGUCCUUCUCUUCACAUUUGUCGUGAUUUUCCUGUAUAUCCUUGUGCCUGAACUGCUUUAGAAACCAGUUUUCCAAUUGAUGAAACCUCAUAUGUGCAGGGUGUGUCUUAUAAAGGCUCAACAAGACUUUUUAUUACCUCCAGUGUUGACCUAAUAACCCAUGUUUCAGCUCAGUGAUUUGUAAAGCCAUUCCAUUCCAGUUGCUAUAUUGUGAUGUUAUGAAGUUAUGUAGAUUAGUCUGUAAUUUGGAAGAUUUUUUUUUUUCUGAUUUAUACACAUUUCUUUUUUAUGUAUGAUGUUUCUUUUUUUUUAUCAAAACGUAGAAGUUUUGACCUACAGGCAUCUCAGAAGACUGUUAUAACCAACAUUUUCUGCUCCAGAAAAAUGCCACACUUGGGUCUUGCCAACAUGCAGUCUAAUUAUUUGCCGAUUCUUUUUCUGUUCUUCUAGAUCCUGUACUUUGAGAGAAUUAUUUGACAAUAAAAACCAACGAAGUAAA